CUUCACAGAAAGAAGAAUCAAUCAACGUUCUAACAAAGCUGUGCCAGCAAAUGUGGAGAACAACACAGUAACCUGUCAAUUGGAAGACCGCGAUCUACAUUCCAAGGCAAAAGAAACGAAGACGAGACUUAACAGACAAUGUAUCAUCCAGUCCGUGGAGGCACCCGUGGUGGAGCUGAUCAGUUCAACUGGGAUGAUGUCAAGGAAGACAAAUACAGGGAAAAUUACUUAGGUCACUCCCUCAAAGCUCCAGUGGGUCGGUGGCAGAAGGGCAAAGAUCUGACGUGGUAUGCCAAGGAACCCGGCAGCGGCGCUGGUUCCAAAGGGGAGGAUAAAAUAGCUGCUGCCAGAAGUGCAAAGGCAGCUCAGCUUCAGGCACUUAAGAAAGCCGAAGAAGAGGCGAUGCUGAAUGCCCUGGGUUUCUCAAGCACUAAAAGUACCCAUCAUCAGCUCUCUAAAGAGGAAAUGAACGAAGCUUUGAAACGAGGAGAAAGCCAGAGGGAUGAAUUUGAUAUUGAGCGUGUUGCUGGAGUCGGGACAUCAAGACGUCAUUUUUCGGCAUCUUCAGGAGGCAAAGUAGCGAAGGAAGGGGUGAGCUUCGUGUCUCUGGCGGAGAGGACGGACACCAGCAAACGCAAGCAUCACCAAGACAGGACAGAGAGCAAGACAAAGAAGCACAAGAAAAAGCACAAGCGUUCUCGAUCUCCAAGUUGAAGUCUUCCUUCUUAUGUGCCAUAUUUUGUAGUCGUAAAUAUCAUCUUGCGAAAUAUCAUUGCACUUUUUUGCAUAAUCCCUAUUUUUGCAGAUCUAGAAAUAUUGUGAAAGCCACAAAUAAUGAUGUUUGCGAGGAAAAUCGCAAUUCUGUAAAUAAGCGAGUAAGAUGUGUAUGGGAAGCGCCAGGCAUGACAUCGUGAUGCCCAUGAUAAUCGCGCUGAACCGUCCAAGUCGUCACGUAUUUAAUGAGCAAAAAUUGGGAAAAGUCUAGCAUGUGCAAGUGAAUAAGAUAAGCAGAGCCUGAAGUUUUCGGAAAAUAUUUUUUUCUAAAUUUGGGGAGUAAAAAUCGGGUAAAUAAACAUGUGCUGUAAAUUCAUGCAAAUUCGGGUGGAAAAACUUCCAGUACGCUAAAUUCGGGGAGAAAUCGGGAUCAGUUACUCAAACGAACCGAAUUGAUUCGGAACAAAUGAUGAUGUAACUGCAUUUGCUGCCCAACAAGUUAGUGUGCAAUCCUACAGACGCCUCAGUGAGGGCAAUUUGCCACGUAAAAAUUGGGUUUCACCCUAAAGAGGCAACCUAGACAAUUUGGGGUGCAAAUUCGGGGGCGAAUUGCGUUAAACGCCAAAACUUAAGGCUCUAAAGAUAAGUAUUUAAAGAGAUUGAAACAUUCAAAUAAUUUAUUUUACUAAAAAACAAGCUUUCGGACUUAGCCCGUCCUCCAUCAGGUGUGAAGCAUCGCACACCUGAUGAACGACCGGACUUCGAACUCCGUCCGAAAGCUUGUUUUUUAGUAAAAUAAAUUAUUUGAAUGUUUCAAUCUCUUUAAAUACCUAUCGUAAUGCCAUGCAUUUUAGCAAAACACCGCGCAUGUGGUGGCUUUAUUACACAGGGAUUAAUUGCAGCCUUGGCUUUCAUUUGUUGGUCGCAGUCAUUUUACGUGGCAUCACAUGUACAGCUGUACUUCAUACUUGUUAAGCGACACUAUAGAAGUAAUUUGUCACUUUUUGGUACAUGGAAAUAAAUUCUCACAAAAUUGUUCA